AUGGCAACAACCAACCAUUCAUAUCAUCCACAGCUCUUGAACCUCCCCCGUGAACUACGCGACACAAUAUGGAACCUCACUCUCACCCCCAGAAUCCUAAUAAUCCUCCCCCAACUCCCCCUCUACGGCCGUCACGACCAAAUAGCCUCAUACGACACCACCGGCGAAAACCUGUCCGACCUAGAAACCGACAGCAUCUCCCGCCGCUCGCACUCCACGACUCUCACAACCUAUUUCCGUCUCGCCUUCAAAACCCUCCCCGACGACUGGUUCACCGACCGCGUCCCCCGCGGUAAAAACGUGUUUUACAAGAAAUACGCAACCAAUCUGGCGUGUAGAUGUGUGAACCGCCAGGUUUUUGCGGAGACGGCCGGGGUGCUUGAUAGGAUUGCAAGGGUGUUAAGGGAUGGGAUUCAGUUACGACAGAUCAUAGAGCCUGCACGUCCUGCGUUUCUAGAUAUGCUAGGUCAGAGCGUAGUGAUUCUCGCAUGUGGACGCGCUGAUACGCUUUCCUUUCUUCUCACUACUGCGACUGCGACGCUGGCGAGUGUUAAAUCCGUGUAUUUUGCUAAAGAGAUGAUGUAUUCCUGGGAUGUUGGGCUUGUUCGUAGUCUCUGGGGAAUCCAAGAUAGAGACACGACGGAACAUCUUGGAGUCAUGACACGGCUUUUGAAAGCUCGUUUACCGAAUCUGAGGGAGUUUGCUUUUUGGGCUCCUCUUCAGGAUUACAUUAUGUUUUGGGAAGAUGAAUAUCCGUUUGAUUUAGUGGAGGAUAUUUGUGAGCUGUUUAGGCAGGGAACGAUUGAUCUUUUGCAUAUCGUGGUGGCGAGGGAUGGGAAUCCUGAUGAGACGCAGAGUAAUGGGGCUACAAGGCAUUUCACACUUGAGGAUGCGCAUGAGAAUUUUAUGAGUGAACAUGGGUUUGAAAUUACUGAGGAUAUAGAAGAAUUGCGGCUUGCAGAACGCAGAUGGUUUACAGAAGAUAUUGCAAGAGUUGGAACUUUGCGGCGUGUCAAAUCUUGA